CCCAGACAUAUUUCAGGAUGACUGGAUGAAUGAACAAGCAGUCAAUCGCAGAACGGACGAUUAUCGAUUCGUGUACCUUGGUGGUCCAAAUACGUACACCCCGCUCCAUCAUGAUGUCUAUCUCUCCUAUAGUUGGAGCGCCAGUAUUACCGGUACGAAAAGGUGGGUGUUCAUCCCUCCACAAUUCAAGGAGGCCCUUGAAAACUUCAACGGAGAAAUGCCGGCAGAUAUCUUUGAUCCCUGUUUGUCCGUGGCAAACCAUCCAGCUUUAGCGCAAAUGCGGGCAGCCGCUGUUGUUGUGGAACAGAAUUCUGGAGAAACGAUAUUCGUGCCGUCAGGCUGGUUUCACUCUGUCAGGAAUAUCACCACCUGUUUGAGCGUGAAUCACAACUGGUGUAACGCGACAAACAUAACAAUCAUGUACCAUGCUUUGGUCGAACAGGUUGCUGCAGGUGAAGCAGCAAUUGAUGAUCUGCGAGAUGUCGUGCCAUCCGAUGAAUUCUAUGACCUCGUGCAAAACAUGACCCGGGCAAAUUGGGGGAUGGCGUGGCAGGAGUUUUGGACGAUGGUAAGAUAUCACAUGAACAGACUACAACAUGCGACCGAAGGGUAUAUCAGCGACAAGUGGAUUAUCACGGAACAACACCGGCCAUCGCGUGAAUGGGAGGAUGGUCGUGUUACCAAAUUGAUGAAGGACUGGGCAGAAUAUAAAAACAAUGCGCAUACUCGCAACAUAAUAUUGGACAUUGCAUAGUUAAUCGGGGUAUAGCUUCCAACAAUGCGCCUAUCCUACCCUACACUAUCGUAACAACCGUCAUUUAUCAUCGUAUUCCCGCAUAAUUAAAGAAUGAAGAAUAGAAGUCAUGAUCUCUCAGACCC